UUGCUGCUGGGGGGGUAGAACUGGGUCCAGGCUCCACUACAAUCCCGGGAGCAGGCACGAGACGCAUAGACUCGAGAGAUCGAGGCGAGCGGGAUAAGUGGAGACCGGGUUCCACGGCCAACCAGAACUGGAAUAAUAACAUGAGAGGCGGAGAGAGGGGAGAGAGAAUCAAAGCUGGAAGGGAAAGGAAAGGUAAAGGAAAAGUAGAGGAACGCGACGCGGGGCACGAAACAUGGCACAAGUUUGAAGUGUGGCUAACUUGCAACUGACAACAACCAGCCAAGUUAUGAUCUGCCCCCCACCCCCUCUCCCCUCCCCCCUGCGAGAGAGUUAAUAUUAAACUCGUGCAGUAGUCUUAGUACAAGAAUUUCUUCCCCUCGCUCUCGCAGUCACUCGCGGGGCUACUGUUCCUCCUCCUCCUCUUGCUCCUGGUUCCUGCUUGUCUCGAGCCCAUUCUGGUUCUCGACUGAGUCUCUCUCUCUCUCUCUCUCUCUCUCUCUUACUAGUCUCUCGCACCAUUACCACUCACUACCAUCUUACGUCUCGCAUCUCCGUAGUCAGUGUGUGUUUUUAUUUUAUUUUCCUGCAGACAGCGGGAGUUCUCUCUCUCUCUCCCUCUCUCUCUCUCUCUUUGCUGCUAUUAUUAUUAUUAUUAUUAUUUUUCUCUUUGAAAGGUUGUUGCUGGUGGUGGUGCAUGUGAGAGAGUUGGAGUUGGGCAUUGAAGGGUAGGGGAGAGGGGGAGCGGGGUGUAGUCAAAGGCAUGCUCUCAUGCUCCGGCUUCCAAGGAAGGCCGGGGGAGACGGCAAGGAGGAACUUCUUGAAGGGUCGUUGUCAAUAUUACCAUCCGGGACAUUCCGAACCACGUCAUCAGCACCAUCUUCGUCAUCGGGGGUGGGGAUUGGAGCAUGGCCGCUGCUGCUGCCACAGCUGUUGAUGCGCCAACUGGAACGGGGAGUCGGAGGGCAGUGGUGAGAAGCGAGCGCUUUAUGGAGUGGCAACGAGAACUAAGCAGGUCCGUGUCUGCAGUUCGUAAGCCUGGACAUACAAGUGCAUUGCUUACAACUGAAAGGCAAUCCAGCGACGAAGAGAUUGUAAAGAUGCAGAGGCUCGAUGUGUCGGAGGAGAUGAGAGAGAGGGAGGGAGAGAAGGAGCAAGCGGGAGCAGAGUCUCAUGGAGGGGCAGAUGUCACUUCCGCAACUCAACGACAGAGAGGCAAGAAAACGCAACAUCAGCGACAGCGAUCGGAUGUGAAAUUGCCUCGGAAGGAUGAGGGAGGGGAUAAGAAGAGCAGUGUGACGACCCUAAAUGAGGUAGCAGCGGGAACAGAGGGCGAUGGAGGUAGAAUGAGACGAUGCAAGCAACAGGUGAACCAGGCACCCGCAUCCAGGCGGCCAGUAUCCCAGGUGCCUAGUCAGCAGGAGUUUCCUCAGCCCAUUUCUCGAAGUAGACAACGACGUGUGCCUAGGUCGUUCACUCCGCCGAAGGAAGAUAUGGAGAGAGGGCUACGAUCCUUGACCAGGAAUCGUGGAAAUGAGGCUGUGCCUGCUACGAUUAUAGCAGCGCCAACCAACAGCAGCAAAGGAGCUACGAAGCGAUCGAAGCGAGUGGCCCAGCGUUUGGCCAACGAAGAACCUGCUCCACCUCCUUUGAAAUUGCCAAAGCUCCACCUUGUUCUGACACGGAAAGAAAUCCAGGAGGACUGGUUGAAGAUUACAGGUCACAAGUAUACUGGUAAACCCAGAAAGUCUACGCUUAUUCAACGGGGUCUGGGUUUAUGUACGUCUUUGACAUGUCCGUCAUCCAUUCGAUACCUCAACGAACCCCUAUUGAUCCAGCAUCGCAGGUUCCCUGACAGCAUUUGAAGGCAGCAGCGACAGGCUGCAACUGGCUUCACAGUUCCGACAACUGGCUGGUAGUUUAGCAGAUUCGUCAUGGGUUCAUUCUUUUGCCUACCCCAUCAAACCAUUGUUUGAGCCUCCAGUACUUGAAAAGGAAGCAUUUUGUACCAUAGUAUUGACUAAUAGCGCAUGGUGAGUAUCAAAGCAGGGUAGACACUUCCUGCCAUAGUGGAGUGGAUCUGCCUACCAUGUUGAUGGUGUAUCCGCUGGCGUGGCUCUGGUAGGCAUGUGUAACGAAAUGACGACAAGUUUCACUUGGUCUUUUCAGCAAUCCUGGUCAUGUGCGAGAUAAAGUGUCCUGGUGGAGCUCACAAUGUUGUGACGAGGUGGCUGUGUAUCUAUAUUGUACUUCAGGAUAGUUUCGGCAAGUUUGAUGUCGUGGUACUCAGAUACUGAUAUUGGCAGCGUGAUACAGGAGGUCUCAGUGUCGUGGCUGUUGAAUAAUGUCGUCGGGAUCGUAGUCAGCAAGCAUCUUCUAACUCAAUGAACUCGAUAUCUGACAUUGAUAUCAAGAUAUUUGCAGUUUCUUUCUUUCUGUUGUUUA